AACCACCAUGUUCUGGAGUCAGCCUCACAAAGUUAGCAACCACAUCUUUGCUGAUGGAGGAUACUUUACCCAGGGGUUUUAAGCACACAGUUCCUGCACAAAGCUGUAUCAGUAAAUACCUCAUCACUGCUGUGAACGAAAACCUCACAAUUGCACUUUGGCUGCAGUGGUCUCAUCUUGCAGGACAGAAGAACAAUAAUCCAGCAUCAGAUGUCUGUUUGGGGGAUUUUGUUAAUGUUUAUGAUGGCAACACUGAAUCCUCACCACUGUUAUUUUCAACAUGUCACACAAACAAUCAGCCAGAUCUUUUAGGUGAAACUAGAGUCAUUGGGACAGGAAACAAGAUGCUGGUAUUAUAUGAGAGUGAUGAUGUUGCAGAUUCUAAUGUUGCUCGAAUAAUCUACUAUGCAGUGCCUA